CUUCGUUGUUAUUCGUUGCAUGCUUCUUCUUUUCUUGUUUCGCAAUCUUAUGACAUCAAUUUUGGCUGCUACGGUUGCAUAUUAUCAUUACACAUCUACACAUAUGUUGGUCUAGGGUUUAUAUGAUGAACAAGCUGAGGCAAUAUGAACGUUUGUUCAAGCAGUUUGAUGAGAAUGGUGACGGGAAGAUAUCGGCGUCGGAGCUGAAAAAAUGCGUGGAGGCGAUGGGUGAGGAGUUGUCGGCUGAGGAUGCGGCGGCGAGUGUGAUUAUGCUGGACGCGGACGGAGAUGGGUUGGUGGGAUUUGAUGAUUUUGUGAGGUUUGUGGAGGGAGGGAAAGAAGAAGAGAAAGAGAAUGACCUAAGAGAAGCUUUUAAGAUGUAUGAGAUGGAUGAGAGUGGUUGCAUCACACCCAGGAGUCUUAAAAGGAUGCUUAGUAGAUUGGGUGAAUCCAGGACUAUAGAUGAGUGUCAAGUUAUGAUAGCUAGAUUUGAUCUUGAUGGAGAUGGGGUCCUCACAUUCAAUGAAUUUAAGGUCAUGAUGUUGUAGUUAAUGUACCUUUGUUACACUAUAUUCUUUUAUUUACUACAUAUAUAU